CUUGUCACAUUUCUCAUUUACGUAUCUGCGGCUAGCCAAGCAAAAUCUCGUAGUGAAUAACACACACACACACGGCAGGUAUGCUCCAAUACCGCCUACUUGCGGCCAUCGCUCUCAACACAGCCGUUUACGCAUCUCCCGCCCCGAAUCAUUUCGUUCUGACUAGUCCAGAAGAGGUUCUUGAUCGCAGUUACGAUUCUUAUCCUUACUUUUCGCACGGGCAGAAAGAGAUUGAGGCGAUAACUAUAUAUGAUGGAACGGGCUAUGUCCAAGAGUACUCCAUCGAGCUGCCUCAUGCGGCUGUCUGGACCGAACAGGGGUGGUUGAGUCGGUGGUUGGCUUUGGGCGGAGAGGGCGAAGUUGUUGUCCAUCUGGAUGACCCCAAGGGAGCAGAAAAAGCAGAAAACAUUACCCUUCCCCACCGCCCAGCCGCUUUCCCAUCCCAUCCAUCCAUCUCGCUUCCGCUCUCUGGUCGUCUCCUCCCAUUCUCUUCAUUCCUCACUCCGUCCGCCUCCCAUUCCCCUUCUGAGCUACUCGCAUGUAUCCCGUCCAGUAUCAUUCCUCGACCACCAACACGUCCUGGGAAAUCGGAAGAUGUGAAGAUUGCACUGAUCGAAAGGGGCACAUGUGACUUCGCGACGAAAGCAAUGGCAGCACAAGAUAGGGGUGCGCAUGCGGUCAUUGUGGGUGAUACAAAGGCGAGAGCUGGGGAGACGGACGCGGAGGGUAGGAAGAGGGAGGGAUUGAUCACAAUGUUUUCGCCUCAGGAGACAGAUAGUCUCUAUAUUCCGGCAGUAUUUGUUUCUCGCGCGUCAUAUCUUGGGUUAAGAGACUUGCUUGCCAAUCAGACAGGCUCAAAAAGCCCUGGUCAGGGGCUAUACAUUGACAUUAGUGAAGGCUCCGAUGAAGGAAACGCUCUCUCAGGUCUACUUUCGUUUGCAAUACUUAUGCCCACCUUGUUUUUAUUGGCUAUGAUUGGUAUCCACCGUCUCCGUGUUGUUCGCCAACGUGAAGCAGAUCGUGCCCCAGCAAUGGUCGUCCUCAGUCUUCCCGAACGAGUCUGGACACCCGAUAUCGUCUGGGAGAAGGACGAUGAUUCGUCCGAAGGGCCUGGGAGUCCUAGUCCGGAAGGUGGGGAGAGAAGUCUGCUUACAGAUGAACAAGAGGUACAUGACUCUCAGAGGUCCAUUUUAAACGAUCCCACAGACGCCGAUGCAUCACAAACUCACCCUCCACCGCCUGUCGAUCUUUCAAUCAUUUCCCCUCCACUUCUCCCGCCUUUAACCGAGACCAACCCAUCCUUCUCCCCUAUCCUCCCUGCCCAUCCCCCGCUAUCUUCUUCCACAGAUAACGCCGGCCCAAGCCGGAAUAGCAGAAAACACAAACGCCCGACAAGACGGUACUUUUCCAAAGAUGAGUGUGCUAUCUGUAUGGACGCGUUUGAAAAAGGUGACAUUGUCCGAAUCUUGCCAUGCGGACAUGUCUUUCAUAAAGAGGAAUGUGACGAGUGGUUGAUGAAAUGGCGGAAGCUCUGUCCGACAUGCCGAGCAGACGUAACGCUCCCUCAAGUGAAGAUUAAAGGCUCCACCAUGACACCCGUCAUCGGUCCACCCAUGGCCGUCGAUGCUGAUCGUACCGAGCAAACUCCAUCUUCUUUCGAUACCCUGGCCGCUUUCCCGAACCCAGACUUCAACUCAAAUUUGGGGGGAGGAACCCUCGGCUCAGGUCCAGGCACAUCAUCGUCUCCAUCCAGACCAUGGAGGUUGCCGGAAGUUUGGAGGGAUGUGAGGGAAAGGCUAAUUGGAUGGGUCGGUCCUGGGUUCGGGCUAAGGAGGACGGGGGUGAGGCUUGGUGAGGGAGAGGAGGAGGGAGGGGCAGGGGAAGAAGAAGAGGAGAGGGAAAGGAUGGUCGCUGGAGAAGAGUCCGUUUGAGCGUCUUUCCUAGGCCAUCGCCAUUGCUCGGACUCACCGGUACACCACCUCAUUCAUGACUUUUCUUCCAUUGCCUCGAAGUCCGGCCAACGCAGCCAUACUCCCCUCGAGGCUAGACUGUACAACCUUACGUUCUCCACACCUGUUUAUUUGUAAUCGCCCCUCGGAUAUACCUUUGCUCUUGCUUACACUUGUUUAACCUAUUCAUCCAUAUUUAACGUUAACGCCACCAUACGUUUCCGUCUCAUGAUGUCGAUGUUUCUUUACCUCUUUCGGGUAAUGUUUAUAUUGAUUCCAUGAUGCCCUUGUUAGUCUCUAAUGUCCUUUAUUUGUUUGUUGUGUCAAGUGUAAAUAUGUCUUCUUUUCUAUGUCUGUAGAAGCAGGAUACGAUUUGUAGGUUGUACGUACGAAUUUUAUGAGAUUAUG